AAGCGGCGGAGCUCGGCCCGGAAGAGGAGGGCUUCGGCGGCGAUUCGGCAGCGGCUGGAGACGCAGGUUUUCAGAAUGACUUCCUUGGAUGACAUGCCCUUGAAUUAUGAAAAGAUGUUUGCUCAUCGAUUCACAUCAGAUGAUGAAGAGUACCAGGAAUAUCUGAAACGUCCCACGGAUCCCCCUCCCGUGGUUGAAGAAUGGAGAAACAGAUCUGGGGGCAACCAGAGAAACAGAGAUCGGUUUCAAGAUGGUAGAUAUUUUAGAGGGGACAGAUACAACUGGCAAGGUGACUAUAGAUCUAAUCAGAGGCCAGAAAGAAGUUGGGGUAAUAACUACCACAGACAAGGGCAAUCAUACUCCUCUCCCUAUGGACAAUAUGGCUACAACUCUUACAACCCAGGGCCUCGUUACCAUCCCUACUGAUGAUACUUGUGGUUUGAGAGUCCAGCAAUGCUAUGUAACAAAUUCCAUUAGUCCUCAGUUUUCUUAUUUUUCCACAGUUUUAUAGAUAACUGAAGAAUGAAUGUUUACAGUCCAUUGCUCUUUAUCUGUAGUGUGAAUUGAAAAAGGGAACACCUCUUGUGAAUAAAAAAAUAAUAUUAUAUGGAGACUGUUUAGAGUCUGUAGGUCUUAGAUUGAAUUUCCAGCAUUCUUUUGUCUGAAUACAUACUAGUACACUUCUUUUCUUCCAUCACCAAGAUUUCUCUCUUACUCUUUACAAAACAACAGGUCAGGGGAAAACAGCUGCAGUUUGUGUGCAGCCUGUAGCAAUGGCACAUUGCCUUAAGAUAGGUCUUUUUGAAAGUGACAUACUGUGUCUUUCUCUGGAGAGAAUUUCUUAGUUUGGCUUUUGAUAGAAAAGCUCAGUUUAGGUUGAAUUUCAGAUGCCUUAAAACUGAGAAGACAGAUGCUAUUACAGAAAUAUUUUAGGGGGUUGACCUAGUAUCUGACAACUCUGGCUUCAAUUUAUUUGCAGUAUGCCUCUUAAAACACAGUUUAGAAUUUGGAAUAAAAAUUAAAUAGUUUAAAUAUGUAUCUUAUUAUUGUAGUAGUUCUGUGAUGUGUAAAUUUUGCCUGAGAAGUGACAGCAAGUUCAUAG